GGUGAGUGGAGCAGGGGUGUGCGGAAAGUCCCAGCCAGGUGUGUGGGUCUAUGGGGAGGGGGUGGCCCCACCCCUGAGGUAUGAAAGCCCCCCUGCCUUGGCCCUGGCUCAGUCUCAAUGGGGGCACUGGGGCUGGAGGGCCGGGGCAGGAGGCCUCAGGGGAAGGGAUGCCUCCUGCUGGCUGUGGCAGGAGCCACUUCCCUGGUGACCCUCCUGCUGGCUGUGCCUAUCACUGUCCUGGCUAUGCUGGCUUUGGUGCCCCAGGAGCAGGGAGGACUGGUAACGGGGACUGCUGACCCAGGCUCACAGGCACAGGCCAGGCAGCAACUGGAGUCCCAGGAGCAGCCAGAGGAGGAGGUAGAAACAGAUCUCAGCCCCAGGCUCCCAGCUGCCCAUCUCAUUGGCGCUUGGACCACCGGGCAGGGGCUAGGCUGGGAGACGAAGAAAGAAGAGGCAUUUCUGAGGAGCGGGACGCAGUUCUCUGGCGCCGAGGGGCUGGCCCUCCCUCAGGAUGGCCUUUAUUAUCUCUACUGUCACAUCGGCUACCGGGGCCGGGCGCCCCCUCCCGGCGGGGACCCCCUGGACCGCUCGGUCACGCUGCUCAGCCGGCUUUACCGGGCGGGGAGUGCCUACGGACCCGGGACUCCUGAGCUGCUGCUCGAGGGCGCAGAGACCGUGACCCCGGUCUUGGACCCCGCCCGGAGGCACGAGUACGGGCCCCUCUGGUACACGAGCGUGGGGUUCGGUGGCCUGGUGCAGCUCCGGAGGGGCGAGAGGGUGUACGUCAAUAUCAGUCACCCCGAUAUGGUGGACUACAGGAGAGGAAAGACCUUCUUUGGUGCGGUGAUGGUGGGCUGAGGGCUGCCGGCGUCCUGGGGAAAACGACUGCAUGGUGGGAGUGUGUGAAUGAAUCAGCCCAGAUAUUGGGGACUCAGACACCAGGGACCCCGUACCCGUGGGGAAAAUGUAGGUGAUGGGAAACUGAUUUUGAGCCUUAUGGAAAUAAAGAAUGUAAAGCUUUAGUGCUGCCAAUACAGA